CCAAGUUGUGCUGCAUCGUGCGGGGCUGCUCAUGGCAUUCAUGGAAUGAGGAGGAGGAUGCGACACAGAUCAAGACAUAGUUGCCAUGCUGAUUCUAUGAUGAACAGCAUUUUGGCAUGUUCCCUGCCUCCGCCACCGCAGGAGGUCCUAAGUUUCGGUUCUCGUAGCCCUGCCGUGAGGGCAUUGAGACUCAUCCUGGUCUCUUUGGGUUACAUGGAAUGUGGACGAAGGGACUACUGUAUAGGUGACUACUACGGUCAUCGUGUUGUACUCGCGGUCAAGCGGUUUCAAGCUGAUCACGGGAUCAGGCACGAAAGUGGUACUUACGAUGAGACUACCAGAGCUGCGCUUGUGCAUGCGUUGAAGUCUCAUGCUUGUAACGGAAGCAGUGUCGCUUCCAGGUAUGAUCGAGCAGCGCCUGCAGACAGAUUUUGCUCUGCACAAAACGAGGGACAGGGCGAAUCACAAGCUGGUUCAGCAGGCAGCUCCCCACAUAUUGACAGACAGCAGGUACACAUAGUGGACACUGAUGGUGAUCACAUUUUGUUUGAGCUGACCAGAGACGGCGCUCAUGUCACGGAGUACGUUAACGGAAAGCUCGAGAUGGAAGACGUUGCCUGGGUCGUUGUAAAUGAAGCCUCCGGACACAUCCGCGAUCCAAAGGGUGUCCUUCAAGUCAGACCAGAAGAGAAGGAAGACAAACUGUCUAAGCUUCGCCAACUGUUUCAGCAAGCAGGCAAAUGCUACAGCACAACAUCGGCGCCCAAGGCUUGCACUAUCGAGAUAGACUUGGAUCUAGACCAAGAGAUGAACAACCAAGGAAAGCUUGAGGCAAUUCGACAGAGUUUGCAACUAUUACACGCGAACCCAGAUGCUGCAAUGUCAUCGAUUUGCAACUUCUUCCAAGUGUGCUCGGCCCAAUCCUCUCACAGCCAGGAACCAAAACCCGAACCAGCAGGUGAUCAAAAUUACAAGCAAGCAGAAUUAAACAGGCUCGACGAUGUGCGGCAGGACCAGCAAGAAGAGCCAGGCGUUGUCAUGGGUGAGGUCUUGCAAAACGAGAAUGAGUCUGUGUGUCGUGGCAACGUAGCGCAGGGCUCUCAGGAGAUGCAGGAUGAGCUUCUGACGCUGCUAGACAUGGGCUUUGGUUCGUCCGAGUCUGUUGAAGAGCUCGCUCAGCUUCUGAAGCAUCAUGGCGGCGAUGUCUCACUCGUGGUCAGUGAGCUGAUCCAGAGGCGUCUUGAUGCCGUUUGACUCAAAUAUUGUGAAGUUUGACUCACGGUUGUGGUGAGUGUUAAGAUGCUUUCAGCAUGCGAGUUUUCCCUUGCCAGUAGGCUCGUGCUCGCUAGCCUUGUACGGUCGAUUGUAGCAGUGCCAAGUUUGACUUGAGUAAAUCCAUGAAAGC